UUUAUUUUCUUCGUCCUUCAAUUUUCUCCCUCAAUUAAAUUAACAUUUCUUCAGAAAACAAAACGAAAUUAAAUCUUGUCCGAUCGAACUGAAUUUCGUAGUUUAAUUUUGGGUUUGAAAAUCUGUUGUUUACUUCUCGAUCCUCCUCAAUUAGAGUUGGUUUUACUGCGAACGUAAUUAUUGUGGUAAUUGUUUUAAGCAUAAUUUCGGUUUGGUUUUCAGAGUUUUUGAUUAUGAGUGUGGGGGUGAAAAUCCAGCGGAAAGAUAAUUGGGUUCGAGUUUGUUUUAGUUUAAUUGCUAAUUGAGCUUAAUUAGUUUGCGUUUCGAUCUCCAGCAAUGUUGGGUUCGAACCGGAUUGGCUUGUGUUAGUGUUGCUGGAGUAGCCCGGCUGGAAAUUAGGGUUUUUAAUUUGGGGGUUCAUAUGAAAUAUUGAAGAUAUUGUUAGGUUGGGGAUUUGUAUGAGUCCCCCCGAUUGUGUGUUUGUUGCUGGGUGUGAAGUACUUAGCUUGAUUUUCGAGUAAUCCUAGUUUUCGACAUUUAAGUGUUGGUUUCUGUGUUGUUCCGAGUGCUGAUGCUAUUGUUUCUUGUUGUUUGUGUUAGAUCCCACAAUGAAUGGUGGUAAUAUUGAUGUGCUCUGAAGUGGGGAUUGUGAAAUUGUUAGGUUUAUGACCGCAGUGAUAUUAAGUUUGUUCUGUUUGUGAGGUUUUGGUUAGGCUUUUUGUAUUGCAUAUUUCGUUAAAUUGAGUGGGGGGUUUGAGGUUGUUGAUUAGGCCUGGCUCUGGAGAGCUACUUAGACUCUGGCCACCGGAGGGCGGGGCCUCCUAUGGUGCCCUCACGGGUGGCUGGAGGAUUAACGCAAUCUUCAUCGAGUUCUGGGAUUUUCUUCCAAGGGGAUGGGCAGUCUCAGUCUGUAGUUAACUCUCACUUGAGCUCGUCUUUUGGGAACUCUUCUAAUUCAAUUCCCGGAACUGGGCGUUCAAAUUUGGGUCCGGUUUCUGGGGACAUGAACAAUGCAGUUUUAAGCAGUGUGGCGAAUUCAGGUCUGAGUGUUGGGGCAAGUUCUUUGGUCACAGAUGCAAAUUCUGUACUCUCAGGAGGUCCCCAUUUGCAGAGAAGUGCAAGCAUCAAUAACGAGUCCUACUUACGCUUACCAGCUUCCCCUAUGUCAUUCUCGUCGAACAAUAUUAGCAUGUCUGGAUCAUCAAUUAUGGAUGGCUCUUCUGUAGUGCAACAGAGUUCUCAGCAUGACCAGAAUUCUCAACAAAUUCAGCAGGGGCAGCAUCACCAACAUCCGCGGCAGCAAGGGACUUCUAGUGUUACAUCCUUACCAACAUCCCAAAAUGGCCAAGGUUCCCUUCCCAUGGGGCCACGUGUCCCUGGAACUUUCAUUCAAGAUCCAAAUAAUUUGGCUCACAUCCAGAAGAAACCACGAUUGGAUAUCAAGCAGGAAGAAAUUAUGCAGCAGCAGGUGCUGCAGCAGCUACUGCAAAGGCAAGAUUCCAUGCAGUUCCAAGGACGGAAUCCACAGUUACAAGCCUUGAUUCAACAACAGAGACUACGGCAACAGCACCAGCAACAACAACAAAUCUUGCAGUCCAUGCCUCAAUUGCAGAGAGCACAUAUGCAGCAUCAGCAGCAGCAGCAACAGCAACAGCAACAGCAGUUGCAGAUGAGACAGCAACUUCAACAACAAGCUCUGCAGCCAGCAUAUUCCAUUAAGCGUCCAUAUGAUGGUGGUGUAUGUGCUCGUAGGCUGAUGCAGUAUCUAUAUCAUCAGCGGGAACGACCAACUGACAAUAGCAUUGCAUAUUGGAGGAAGUUUGUGACAGAGUAUUACUCUCCUCGUGCUAAGAAAAGAUGGUGCUUGUCAUUAUAUGACAAUGUUGGGCAUCAUGCUCUUGGUGUUUUCCCUCAGGCUUCUAUGGAUGCUUGGCAGUGUGAUAUUUGUGGUUCUAAAUCUGGAAGAGGCUUCGAGGCGACCUUUGAAGUACUCCCUAGACUUAAUGAGAUCAAAUUUGGCAGUGGAGUCAUCGAUGAGCUUUUGUUUAUAGACUUGCCAAAGGAAUGUAGGUUUGCUUCUGGUGUAAUGAUGUUGGAAUAUGGAAAAGCAGUUCAGGAGAGUGUAUACGAGCAACUCCGUGUUGUUCGCGAGGGUCAGCUUCGUAUCGUGUUUACACAAGAUUUAAAGAUAUUGUCUUGGGAGUUUUGUGCUCGACGCCAUGAAGAGCUUCUUCCUCGUAGGCUUGUUGCUCCACAGGUUAAUCAAUUGGUUCAGGUUGCACAAAAGUGCCAGAGUACAAUUGCUGAAAGUGGAUCUGAAGGGGUUUCUCAGCAGGAUCUUCAAGCAAAUAGCAAUUUGGUUCUGACAGCUGGGAGGCAGCUCGCAAAGAGUUUGGAGUUGCAGUCGCUCAAUGAUUUGGGCUUUUCUAAAAGAUAUGUGAGGUGUUUGCAGAUUUCAGAGGUUGUAAACAGCAUGAAAGAUUUGAUUGACUUCUGCCGGGAAAACAAAGUUGGCCCAAUUGAGGGCUUGAAGGUUUAUCCUCGGCAUGCAAGUGCAAACAAGCUCCAGAUGCAAAAGAUGCAGGAAAUGGAGCAAUUAGCAAGUGUUCAGGGCAUGCCUACUGACAGAAACACUCUUAAUAAGCUAAUGGCGUUGCAUCCAGGACUAAACAAUCAGAUGAAUAACAAUCAACACAUGGCCAGUCGGGGAGCGUUGAGUGGUCCUGCGCAAGCAGCUUUAGCACUAACCAAUUACCAGAAUUUGCUCAUGAGACAGAACUCAAUGAAUUCAAAUGCAAAUUCUCUUCAACAGGAGGCAUCUUCGUCUUUCAACAACCCCAACCAAAGUCCAUCUUCGCCUUUUCAAGGUGCUGCUUCUUUAAUUCCGGGAUCCAUGCAGAGUUUACCAGGAAGUGGCUUUUCAAGUCCCCAUCUAUCCUCACGACAGCCACAUCAGACACCGCAGCUGCAACAGCGGUCACUCAGUUCUAACAGCUUGCUACAGCAAACCAAUCCACAAAAUUCUCAAGGCAACCAGGCCUUGCAGCAACAGAUGAUCCAACAACUGCUGCAGGAGAUGUCUAAUAACAAUGGAGGACAACAAUCUCUUCCUGGUCCAAAUUCUAAUGGGAGUUUGACAAGGAAUGGCAUGAGUUUUGGAGGCAAUAAUUCAGCAGCCUGUAAUGCUACUCCAACUGUGUCCGGAAGUCACGGCCCUGCUCCAAGCAGGAGUAACAGUUUCAAAGCUGCUGCAAACAGUGACUCUUCAGCAGGUGGUGGUAGUAAUGCAUUCAAUCAGAGAGCACAAGAUCUACCCUCGAACCUUCAUUUGCAAGAGGAUAUGGCUCAAGACAUUGCCCGUGAAUUCACAGAAAACGGCUUUUUAAACAAUGAUCUUGAUGAUAAUAUGGGUUACAGUUGGAAGGUAUGAUUAACAUAAGAUGGCCUGAUUACUGGCGCCAAUUUGGUAAGCGGCAGCAUAUAUCUUUGUACAGCACAUUUUUAAAAUAACUGUUUUUCCUCUCUUCCCCUUUCUUGAUUUCCUUCACCUUGGAUUAGUAUGGAAUUUGUCGAGACAUCGCACACUUGUACUUGGGUAGUUCAGUUGAGUAGGACUUUAGCAAUCGUUUUGUUUUACUUCCUUUUCUUGGUUCCGAGGGUUUUCUAUCUCCGUGUCUUGCAAGUGUAAUCUAUUGGAUAAAGGACUGAGACCUUCUCUAGUUUCUGAGUAAUAUGAUAUUACAUGCUUUCA